UUCAAUUGCAGUAUUUACUCUAUCUAUGGAGGAAAGAAAGCACUUAAUCAUGGCAGCAUCAUGGCUGAGGUACCUCAAACAGGAUGGGACAGUUUGUUGGUAGCUCUAGUUCCUUCAGAAACAGGGAAGCCUUCUGCCAAGACAGAGAAGGUUCAGGUUCACAAUGGGGCAUGUAUAUGGGGGAAUCCCGUCUAUGAAACUGUAAAACUAUCGCGAGAGCCGGAAACAGGGAAAUUUGAAGGGAAAAAGUAUCAAUUUAUAGUAUCAAACGGGUCAAGUAAAGAUGGAAUUCUUGGGCGAACGGCUGUUGAUUUUGCCGAGUAUGCAGAUGCCAUCGAACCUUGUUCCGCUUCCCUCUCACUUGGAGCUUCGAACUCCACAAUUCUUCAUAUCACGAUCCAGAGAUUGCAUGCUGAUGGCAACACGAGAAGUGCAGCCAAAAGAAGCGCUCACACUGAGAGCCUCCGGCAUCAAAUGAGCGAUGUUGACACGGAUGGGAGUUCCGUAACUUCAUGCAGCGCCAGUAGUGCGAGCAAAGGCUGUUUGGGAGAUAUGCAAAGAAAUAAGGAGUGAACGAGGGGAGAAAGA